GCGGCCAGUGGCCGGGCCGGGCUCCUGCGUGCCGAGGUGUCCCUCGGCGGCCGGCAGUUGGCAGCAUGUCGGUGGCGGGGUUGAAGAAGCAGUUCUACAAGGCGAGCCAGCUGGUCAGCGAGAAGGUCGGAGGGGCCGAAGGGACCAAGCUAGACGAUGACUUCAAGGAAAUGGAAAAGAAAGUGGACCUGACCAGCAAGGCAGUUACAGAAGUAUUGACCAGAACAAUAGAGUACCUCCAGCCGAACCCAGCUUCCAGAGCCAAGCUAACCAUGCUCAACACGAUGUCGAAGAUCCGCGGGCAGGUGAAGAACCCUGGCUACCCGCAGUCGGAAGGGCUGCUGGGGGAGAGCAUGAUCCGAUACGGCAAGGAGCUGGGCGAGGACUCCAACUUCGGCGAUGCGCUUCUUGAUGCUGGUGAAUCUAUGAAGCGGUUGGCUGAAGUGAAGGACUCGCUGGAUAUUGAAGUCAAACAAAAUUUUAUUGAUCCCCUCCAGAACCUGUGUGACAAAGACCUGAAAGAGAUCCAGCACCAUCUCAAGAAGCUGGAAGGCAGACGCUUGGACUUUGACUACAAGAAGAAACGACAGGGCAAAAUCCCUGAUGAGGAACUUCGACAGGCCAUGGAGAAAUUUGAAGAGUCCAAGGAAGUAGCGGAGACCAGUAUGCACAACCUCCUAGAAACUGACAUCGAGCAGGUGAGCCAGCUCUCAGCCUUGGUGGACGCCCAGCUGGACUACCACAGGCAGGCAGUGCAGAUCCUGGACGAGCUUGCGGAAAAACUCAAACGCAGAAUGAGGGAGGCCUCCUCGCGUCCCAAGCGGGAAUACAAGCCCAAACCCAGGGAGACAUACGACUUUGGAGACACUGACCAGUCUAAUGGGGGCUUCUCUUGUAAUCCUACCCCCAAAGUCUCAGCAGCUUCCUCCUCUUUCCGAUCCGACAAGCCGUCCCGGGCCUCCGUCAGGAGUAUCCCCCCCCUGGACCAGCCCUGCUGCAAGGCUCUCUACGACUUUGAACCCGAAAACGAUGGCGAGCUGGGCUUCAAGGAAGGCGACAUCAUCACCCUGACCAACCAGAUCGACGAAAACUGGUACGAGGGCAUGAUCAACGGCCAGUCGGGCUUCUUCCCCCUCAACUACGUGGAAGUGCUGGUUCCGCUACCUCAGUGAAACGGCAUCGCUCCCGUCCCCCCUCCACUCGCGCGGGGCCAAGCCUCCAUUCCAACUCCAUCCUGACACUGGCCCUCUCCGGCGGCGGGGCCGUGUUAUCUCUGCGUCACCUCGGGGUGAGAUUGCCACCAGGGAACAAGCCAGAAGGGUCAAACGACCCCCUCACCCCCUGUGAAUUUGGUUAUUUUGAUUUUUUUUUUUUUUUUUUCCUGGUGCUUGAACUUCGGUACUUUGCGCGCCCUGCCAGGUCCCCCCCGGCUGUACGAUUGUCGCAGGCCUCUCCCUGUCCAGUUUUUGUCUUUCCUUUGGGUCAAGCAUCCAGAUGAGCCAGGUGGGAGAGCCGGGAUGCAUCCGUUCGCGCUGAGCAUCAGCACAGGGAGACACAUGGCCUGGGGGCGGGGGGCAAAGCAGCCCCCAGCCUCACUGAGGGGCAACCCCUUUGCCCCCCACCCCCUUGAACACUACCCGUCUCCCUGCGGAUGCCCAGCCUCCCUACAGCCCAACACCAAUGCAGGACCCCGGCUCUCCCUGCUCCCAGGGGCUCAGGGGAGGGACGCCACAGCACAGCAACAACACUACGACACCCAUCAAACACUAAGCCAGCCCCGCGGCGCGGGUGCUGAGCCCUGCCUGGGGCUCUGUGCCCUCCCUCCCCACCCCGGAGGGACAGAGCAGGGAUGUCCCCUGCCUGCUGUUACCCCUCUGCCGUCUCCCCGCAGAGCUCAACUCCAAAAGGGGUGGCUGCUCCCUUCUGCCCUUGAUUUUAAGUAUUUUAAGCCAGGUUGCUUCUGGACCUUGGGCUUUUCCUACUACAAACUCUACUGAGUCCAUCAGAGCUGGGGGAUAAUUUG